ACUAGCUGUCAUCUUAACUGCUCAAGUUUCAUCAUGAUGUCUCGUGUAAUUGCCGUCCUGGCUCUUUUAUUCCUCUCGGUUGAGGCUUUCUCUCCGGUGGCGUUCUUGCCCAAGACUGCCGGUAUUUCGGCGACUCCGCUUUUUGCCUGCCGAAGUAACGCGAAAAAGGAAAAGAUCAAGCGGAACCGUGAAAACAUGCGCAAGUUCAAGACCACCGGACGCAAGGGAACCACCCGCAGAAAGCUAUUGAAGAAAGCGCAGGCCUCCAAGGCGCGUCAAGAAGAAUCAGAAUUUAUUUCAAAGUGCUUUAUCACCGUUCCGGCUCCCAAUAGCGAAGACGACUCGAAGAAAUAA